UCAAAGCAGAGAUGUGGUUCUCUCAUCCCGGCCGAGAUUUAUUGAAACUGAAAGAGAACUGUAGAGAAAUGCUGAGUCUUAGUGAUAGAUUUUCAUGUUCCCCCACGCACACAUGACACACUCUCUCUCACCCUCAUCACAUAAUCACACUCUCAGUUAGGCAUAGCACCAUGGCAACAAUUACAGAGCCAGCUCGAAUUCCUCUUCUGUAGCGUACUAGUACUCUAAUUAAGGUCUAAGCAAAGAGGUAGAGAGAGAGAGAGAGAUAGUGUUGGAUUGGUGAGACCGUAUUUCAUAAAUGAGACUUAUACAGUAGAGUAGUGGGUGCAGUUACCAUGGCGGCGUAGCAGAGGCUCUAAUUCCGUGCCAUAAUUGCUUCCCAAGAGAUUUCAGCCUCACCAACUCUACAUCCUCUCUUCUUUUUACUCAUUUUUAGUAAUUCUUGUUCUUUUUUUUUCAAAAAAAAUUACCAUUUGUUUUCUUUUUUUGGUUGAGAAACAGUUUCCCCCAAAAGCUGCAAAAACCCAACCCAGCCAGAGAAGAUCAUAUAUGAGACACCCAACAUAGUAAGCGUGAACAAGACAAAAAAGAAAAAAGACGGUUGGGUCAAAAUUACUACUACUAAGCAAAUUAACCUAGUAGUGUGUUUGUUUGUUAAUUAGUAAUCCGAAAAUUUACAGCUGUAGCCUGGAUCUUUAGGACAAGAUUAAUUUUAAGAUUCGCGAAGGUUCUGUUCUGCUAUGGAUAUUGUGUCUGAAUUGGGGAAAAUCGUUUUAGCUUGGGGGUGCAACAAAUGGCUGGUUUCUUCUCUCUAGGUGGGACACAAAACAAGGAAGAAGAGGAAGUAGAAAAAGGAGACAAGAAUAACCUAUUGCUGUUGAGGAACGAGGAGAUCUACAACAACAAGGGUGGGUUCGAGAUAUGGCCACAGUCGUCGUCGUCGUAUCACUUGAGCAACUACUUUGCGUUUGGAGUGGGUCCUAGUCGCAGGAACAGGUCGGAGGAUGUUUCAUUGUGCGUGUCGGAGGAUGAGUCUACGAGAUUUGGAUUAAGUGUGAUGAGGACUGGAGGAAGCAGCAGCAGCAGCAUGAGCAUGAACUGUCAGGACUGUGGGAACCAAGCCAAGAAAGACUGCGCGCAUCUUAGAUGCAGGACUUGCUGUAAGAGCCGAGGGUUUCAGUGUCAGACCCACGUCAAGAGCACUUGGGUUCCCGCAGCCAAGCGCCGCGAACGACACCAACAACUCGCUGAGUUGCAGCUACAACAACAAUUCCGUGGAGUAGGAGACAAUAUUCCUAAACGACAUCAUCCAGAUACUACUACUAGUACUCAACUUGCCUCCGCUCCACAACCCGUUACAGGGUUAGAGCUGGGACAAUUCCCAGCUGAAGUGAGCACUUCGGCGUCGUUUCGGUGUGUGAGAGUGAGCGCAGUGGACGCUUCAGAUGAACAGUAUGCGUAUCAAACCUCUGUCAACAUCGGAGGACAUGUUUUCAAGGGAUUUCUCUACGAUCAAGGUCCUGAAAGUUCUUACACUGGUGCAGCAGCUGAGGGUUCCUCCGGUGGUGAACCUCAACAACUUGGUUUUAUAACCGCCGCCGCAACCACAGCCACAACAAGUGGGAACAGCCCAUUUGACCCUUCACUUUACCCAGCUCCGUUGAAUGCUUUCAUGGCUGGUACGCAAUUCUUCCAACCCCCAAGGUCCUAAAGACGUGUCUAUCUAUCUAUGCGGACAAUAAUUGAAGAAACCGAGUCUUUUUUUCCUUUUUCUUAUUUUUUGGUCAUCAAUUGAGUCCUGUUAGAAUUAUUGAUUAUGGUUGUUCCUCGGUAUAUUCACUGAUCUUAACGCAAGGUGAAGUAGCUAGCUAGCUAGAACGAAAAGCAGUUAAGAAUUUGAAAAAAAAAUGAUUAUGGCGAUGAUUCUAGUGCAUGAAAUUAAAGGGGCCGGGGGUACUUGUUUUGUGUUAUCCGAACGUCAAUUCAGAUUUUCAUCGUUAUUUUGAUUUAUUGGUAAACUCAUUGUCACUUUUCAAA